AUGCAAGACAACCAGGAAGCUAACUUGCACUUUCGAACAAUUACCUGUGAAGAGCAUAUAUGCCAGACUUUUGUCGUAACGCAGUUAAACAAACAAGACAGGAUACCUUAUGUUAUAGCUAGUCGACUAAAUGAUGAAGAGAGAUUCAAACGUCAAAAACGUGAAUCUGUAUUAGAUUACUACAUCGACAUUACAGCCUACGUGGAUUACACAGCCUACAGUCGAUUUCUGAAUCAUGCUUUCCUAGACCAGGGCCUGGCUCUAAAGAACAUCAAGGACUACUACGGGUUUAUCAUUGAUGGGGUUGACAAAAUUUAUAGAGACUCAGUGAGAAAUAAGUUUAAUUUGCAUGUAAAGCUAUCACAGCUUGUUGUAUUUAAGGAUCCAGAAAUGUUUCCCCUGACCUAUAUAUCUACAUCCUCGAAUAAAUUGGAACCAAUUGAGGUCCAAACCAAUUUUACAGAGUUUUUAUUAAGAAACGACUCGACCAAGGGAACUAAUCCUUAUGACUUUGCAAUUCUUUUCAUUGAGGCUGACCUGUGGAUCAACAACAGAGAAGUUAAAGGUAUCUCUUACUUUGGAAGAAUGUGCAGUGAUGAUGGUACAAGCUCCUCUGUGGUAGAAGACAUGGCAGACUACUACUGUAUUUAUACAACAGCUAGAGCUCUAGCAGUCAGCAUGUCAGCUACAAUCGACGGUGUCUACAACAACUGCUCCAGUGAAGAUUUCUACCUAAUGUCGAAUCAGUUUUCGAAUAUAACGGACAGCAGCGUCCUGAAUCCAUGGAAGCUCUCAAACUGUACAAUUGAAUCUAUUGUGAUGUUCAUUUCUUCCCUUGAGAAUACUUCCUCAUCCCGACAUGCAUGUCUAUUAAAUACUACUGUCACACAUGUCCCUGACGUCAGUCCCCGCCUGCUUGGCCAGGAGAUCUACCCUGACAAGCAAUGCCAGUUAAAAUACGGCCAGACGUCGUAUGAUUGCCAGAGGAAAAACAUGACCUCAAAUAUUUGCACACACAUGUUCUGCUUUGACCCGAGUAGGAGCACCUGUCUCAGACAGCUACCUCUGCAUGGUACAACGUGUGGCUGUGGCAAGAUAUGCAACCAAGGGGCAUGCGUUGAUGAUCAAAUAUUUCAGAAUAUCGAUUGUGGUGUCACAAACGCUUGGAGUAACUGCACGUUAGACUCCUGCCUGAACAAAUCCGGCGGCAGUGAAUUGUGUCCACACACCUGUAUCACCUACCUGACAUAUUUGGCUUAUCUUGCAAGUAAGUCUUACCGAAUGGCAAAGUCAAACCAGGCAGGACAAAACCCAGCUACCUUUUCUUUUUCCUUAAUAAAUGUCAAGGACGCCUGGAAAUCUUAUAAAACAACUCACCCAGUAGAAAUGUUUAUGGCCUUUUCGUAUCGGAAACUUUAAAAAAAAAAUUAAAAUUGAAUUAACGUAGGUCUUCUUUGUUAUCUUUUGUUUAGACUAGAGAUAUAUAAGAUAUUUUGUAUUUUGUGAGCCUUUCAUAAAAUCAUGUUUAAGUAUACAAAUGAUGUACAGAAAUAGAUCCAUAUUCAAAUGUAACAGACCUCUUUAGAAAUAAUUAAAUAUCCUAUUUCUA